GUGCACAGCGUGCGCUCUCUGGAAUCAGAUGUGAAGUCGGCCAAAAGAGGAACCAUGGCGGCUCUGGUCAAAAUAAGCAGCUCAAUUUUGUCGAUUGUUGACACAAAACUCGGGUUCCUCCUGCAGAAAAAUGUUCAAAUCAUCAGCAGUGCGAAAAUGUCUCAGUACCCAAAGUACUUCGUCGAACCGAUGUACAGAACCGAGGAGCAAAACGCCGCCUACGAAAGUGGCCAGGCCCAAGAAAGGGUGCUCGUACCCUGUCGAGCACCACUUUCGGAACAAACGUCUUCGGAAUUUUACAAUGCUCAGACAAAGAAAUUUAUAAACCACAUUAUGAGAAAAGGCAAAAAGGUGUUGGCCAGAGAGCUUGUAGAAAAGGCAUUUGAAGUGAUUAAAAAGGCGCAAAUCGAAAAGUUUCACUCGUUACCAACGGAAAAGAGAAGCGAAUUCGUCAUCAAGGACCCCAAUCAGCUUUUACAUGAAGCAGUGCAAAAUUCCAAACCCAUCAUGAUUCUGACCCCCAUCAAAAGAGGCGGUGUUAAAUACCAGGUUCCUGUGCCAGUGGCUGAUAAAAUUGCCACCGUCCUGGCUUACAAGUGGCUCAUCGACGCGGGCAAGGAAAAAGACAGAACUGCUCGAUUUCACGACAAACUGGCCUGGGAAAUCAUGGACGCGGCCAACAACACUGGCAGAGUUGUAAAAAGAAAACUUGACCUGCACAAGCAGUGCGAAACCAACAGAGCCUAUGCUCAUUACAGAUGGAGCUAAAUCUAAAGAAAACAUAUUUUCAUAAUUCUAGUUCAAUGAAAAUUUAAAAGAGGAAGCAUUUUGCUAAUUUGUCAGCCUCUAAUUUAAUAAUUACAUAUUAUUUCUUCGGAUUUAUCACAAAAUAUAUAAAAUGGAAAAUCUAAAUUUGAGCUCGCUGGAUUUCAUAAUUAAAAUUUUUUGUUUGCUCUGUUGCUCAAUAAAGUGACAAUUUGCAACAAAAAUACAA